AUCCUGGGAAGUAUGAUACAAUUGUUAAGUAGUAUUUCAAUUUACAAUGUUCAAUGGUGCUGGGUCAUUUAACUAGUUUUAAUGCAACUCAUUUCAGAAGUAUUAUCUUGCUGGAAAAAGGAAUAAUGCUCCAGAUCAUAGAUGUUCAGAUGAUGGUAUUGUAGGAUGUGCUAUGAUUUUUGCUGCUACUGUUUAUUUCUUUAGAUUUUUUUAUUUUAUAAGCCACUUUGUGCCAAUAUACCAAAUGAGUUUAUAUAUUACCUUUUUAAAUAUCAGUUCACCAAACGAACAUACAGUAGUGGCAGCCUAUGCUAGGCCAACUGUUGUCUAUUUCUGUGGUGCCAAGUAAUAAGAAACAUUUUUUUCACAUUUUUCCAGUUAUCAAAAGUCAGGUGUGAAUAAAAGGGAGUAUUUGCCAGGGGAACAAAUAUGGCAGUUAGAGAUGUGGAAAAUUUUUGACUGAAACUUUGUGAGUUCAAAACAGACUGUUUUGAGGAUUUUGGAAGUGUUUCAAAUCCAAAGCACUUCCAAAAUGCUUGAAACAGUAGUUUUACAUAUGAAAUGGAAAAGUUGCAGUUUCACAUGCAAAUAAUUUGAAUCAAAACAGUUUGAGUGACCCAAGUGGCAGAAAGUAUCUUAGCCUUGAAUUUCAGACUGACUACAGGAACACAGUGAAGUUUUUCCUUGCAAAAUUACCAAGCUUUUAUAUGCAUACUGAUAUAAAUUAUGAUUCAACAAGAACUAAUUUAACUUCAUUUGAAGGUAAUUCAGUAUAGUAUUUUGGCUAUUGAACUGGGGCUGAUAUACACAAUUUGCAAGGGAAAGAAAUUUAAUUGUAAUAUAUUUAAUAAUAUAAGUAAAAUGCCUAGAAAAACUCAAAUGGAACUCUUAUAAAACAAAAUCAUUGGUCUUUAAUAGGAAUAAAUAGAAAAUGAAACAUUUAUUUAAAAACUGCCAUUGUGCCUCCGUAUAACAAUUUACAACAAUCCACUUUUCAAAACUGAAUCCUAUAAACUGAAGUUAGAUCAAGGAUGGGUCCUUAAAAUAUUUUUUCACACUUCUAUCAAAAAUAAAAGCACACCAUGAUGAAACUAAGUUAUUUGAACAAUGCAUACUUUUCCCAGUAAAUUGACCUAAACAAAAGUCAUUCAUUGCAGUUUGAAUGUAAAAUUGCUGCAAAUAAUUUCAAGUGCCUAACUGAUUUUAGCCGAUUUUCUAAGUGCUCAUGUAAAUAAGUAUGCUAGAGCGAUUUUCUUCCUAAUGAAAAUUUGACUUCUACCUCUAAUUUAUUUAAAAAUACUUUCUGAUAUAUAUUUGAAUGUAAGGAUUCAGGCUUUUCAAGGCAUUGAACAUUUCUGGAAAAUUCAACUAUCCCUCAUCAUGUAUAUGAUUCUUUCAGGUUAAAGAAAUUUGGUCAUCCCUUAGCAAACAGGAAUCGCAAAAUGUCCAGAAUUUAAAUCAGAGAAUGGUUAAUAAACAUGGAUCUGAUACCUGGGAUAUAUUUUAAACUCAAUCAAGAAUUGUUAGAUAACGUUGAAUUCAGAAACUUCUAACAUCUGUUACUUUAAACAUUAUGUGAUUGGCAUCCUUCUGUUUUGCACUCUCACCCUAUGCAAACACAUGCCUAUUUUAAGUAUAGAACUGUCUAAUGAAUAGGGUUAUUCACUGCUAUCCUAAACUUAAAAUAUGUAGUCCAGUUAUUGGAAGCCUAGUGCAGCCUUUGGGGUUUUGCAGUUAACUGCCAAUUAAUGUAUGCCUUGCUCUGUUGGGGCAGGAUUGAGUUUCCAAGGGCCAACUGUAGAACUUGGGGGUGGAGAAAUAAGACAAAAUUGUUAGAAGGUGGAACUGCCUUCUGGCUUAAAUCAGUUAAUCAGCCAGACUGCAUACGUAGAGUAUUUGCCAUUCUGCUUAUGUCUAUUUCUACAUAUGUAGAGAUUUGAGAACUGACUGGACAAGGUUUUGAUUUAGCUUCAGAAAAUUGAUUCCUAAUUAAGAAUUUAGAGAGUUUGAGCAUUCCCAGAAGCAUCUCACUUUUUGGAGAGGCAAUGCCCCAUACCAAGACAUUUCACUUCAUCCUACUGACACUGUCUGGAGUCCUGCUCUCUCUUGUAAAAACUGCAGAAUAUUCACAAGGACCUAUCCCAACAUUGUGGAAUGAUCCACCAGAGCUUCCAUCAGGCGGAGGAGCUUUAGAAACCACCUCUCCUGCCCGCUUCUCAGAUUCUACAGGAUUCCCAUCAUACACAUCUGAUUAUGAACUGGAGGACACAACCCAUUUCCACCAGCUGGAGAAUGACAAUGAGUCUCUGGGUCCUGGGGCUAUCGGUGCCAUAGUGAUUGCUGCUCUGCUGGGAACGUCUGUGAUUGUGGCCUUGAUUGUUAUCACUCUACGAAAAUGUUCUUCUUCCUAAAAUUAAUAAAACGUGCUUUCCUCCCCAAGUA